AUGGCUGUCAAAAAAAGAAGCAGUGAGCACACUGCUGCGCCGCUUGAGACAAAAAAACCCAGAGCUCCCUCCAGUACCGCUGAGGAAACCAUUUCGCCCAAAAAGACCCUGUACGUCAACAACCUCAACGACAAGAUCAAGGUACAGACGCUGCGCGAGAAUCUCUACCUGCUCUUUUCAACCUACGGUGAAGUGUUACAGAUCAAUGUGUCGAACAAAAAUAGAGGGCAGGCAUUUAUCGUUUUGAGAACCCCCGACGAGGCCAACGUAGCUAUGAUAUCUUUGCAGAAAGAAACCUUUUUUGAGAAAGAGCUGCACAUACAAUUCUCUAGACAGGACUCCAAGCUGGUGGCAAGCGACUCACCCGCUCGCUAA